AUGUCCAAACAAAUUCGACAAAAAAUCGCUCUCGCUAUUCACAACACUUUUCGAUCAUCAGCAUCACCUCGAAAGCAAUCAUCCACCAUCAAAUCAAAAAUCUCCUCAUCAUGUUGUUCAAUCACCAAACCACAAGACUAUGAAUACAUCCCAUAUCAGCCCAAACCCUCAUCAUCAUCAUUACACAAUGACUAUGUCGAUCUGAGUGAAUGUCACUCAUGGUCAUCGCGAGACUCGGGCAUCUCAUUCGAUUCCAACAUUUCAUCUCUUUCGUCCAUAUCUCAGCAUCAUCAUCAACAACAACAACAGCAGCAUCAGCAGUUACAAUCGACUCGCACACACGCCGAUGACUCAUGUUCACUGUCGACGUUGUCCGAUGUGAGUGUGAUUCCACAUGAUGAAAUGAACAUUUCAAACUUCGAUGUGACUGGUUGGCAUUCGUUACCGGAAUUACUGGAGUGUUGUCAUUGUGAAUGUCAUCAUCAUAUUGACAAUAUUGGUCAGAGCGAUGAUUGCAGAGACGACAAUAUGUUCGACGAAAAGUGGCAAGAUUUUGAACAAGCUCGUGGAAUCGAUGAAGUUGCAUGCGAUACUCCAAUAACUCCACCACCACUUUCACAACCAAGUACAGGGAGAACGACUUCAUUUGGUCACCCACAUCGUUGA